AUGUCUGACGACGGAUACGGUGGCGGCGGCGGCGGAGAUGACUACGAUUACGAGGGACCGGGUUUUAACGAGGAUGCCUUUGAUGAAAACUACGAUCUGCUUGCUACGGAGCUUCCGGACGGCGAGGGCGCUGCGGAUGGCGAGCACGCGAAUGGCUACCCCGGCGCGAACGGUGCAGAGGGCGGGCAGGAGCCAACAAACGGCGAACAGGCGCAAGCAGAGGCUGCCCGGCCCGCUGCUCAGGGAGAGCGACAACCAAACAAAGUACGCGUAACGACGCCGUACCUAACCAAGUACGAACGUGCACGAGUACUAGGGACAAGGGCGCUGCAGAUCAGCAUGAACGCGCCCGUUCUCGUGCCCUUAGACGGCGAGACGGACGCGCUCCAGAUCGCUAUCAAGGAGCUCUCCCAGCGCAAAAUCCCUCUCAUCAUCCGACGUUACCUCCCUGAUGGCAGUUUUGAGGACUGGAGUGUGUCCGAGCUCAUCAGCGACUGA